AUUAGCACCGAUCGUCGAUCAUUAGCUCGGGAACGGUGGCAACGCAAACAACACACUCGACGGCGGCCCGAAUUUCGAAUACGACGACGGCAGCUCGAAACGUUCUAAAGAAAUAACAGCAAUAGAGCGAUUCCCUCUUCAUCUUAGCGUCUGAAAAAUUGUACCAACGGUAUCCGCGAGCCUGGGCAAAGUGCGGUUUGAAAACGAUCAAAAUUUAAAAAGACAUCACAAUAAAAAAGAAAUAAAUCUUCGGUGAUUGUUAAAAUUGUGUAUUCAAGUGCGUGAAAUAAAUAACAUUAAAGAAAUUUAUCUCAAAGGAUUAUAGAAAAAAACGCCGCUGGUGAAACUGAGACAUAUACCUUGAAAUAUUAGACAUGACCACAUCGCACAUCUUGUCCGCAGUGGAUCCGACAACAGGACUUAACGGCAAUGUGGCGGCAGGAGGAGGAACCGGCAGCGGCUCCCACUCCCCGCAACACACCGCCCACAAUGGACAUGGACAUGGCCUUGGUGGCGUCGGGGGUGUGGUCGCUAUGGCCUCUGGAGGCGGAGGCGGAGUCGGAGGCAGCGGACAUCGAAUUGUCGGAGGCGCAGGGAGCCCCAAUGAACUGGAUCGUAAUCUGCGGGUCUCACUAGACGAUCGAGAGCUGUGGCUUCGCUUUCAGAAUCUCACCAACGAGAUGAUCGUCACCAAGAAUGGCAGGCGAAUGUUUCCGGUUGUGAAAAUCAGUGCCUCCGGCUUAGAUCCGGCUGCCAUGUAUACAGUUCUACUGGAGUUUGUGCAGGUCGACACUCAUCGCUGGAAGUACGUUAAUGGCGAAUGGGUUCCCGGCGGCAAAGCAGAGGUUCCACCGUCGAAUCCAAUAUAUGUUCAUCCCGAGUCACCCAACUUCGGAGCUCAUUGGAUGAAAGAGCCAAUCUCAUUCGCGAAAGUCAAGUUGACAAACAAAACUAACGGAAACGGUCAAAUAAUGCUGAACUCGUUGCAUAAGUACGAGCCACGAGUCCAUCUGGUCCGCGUGGGAUCCGAGCAGCGUCAUGUGGUCACCUAUCCAUUUCCAGAAACACAGUUUAUUGCGGUAACUGCCUACCAAAACGAGGAGGUGACCUCUCUUAAGAUCAAGUACAAUCCCUUCGCCAAGGCCUUUCUCGAUGCUAAAGAGCGACCGGACACGCUCUAUCCACACGACACCCACUACGGCUGGCUUAUUCCCCCACCCUCGCACUACACUACUGCCUCUGCAGUAGCCGCACCGCCACCCCCACUGCCCAUGAGCCAGACGCACAGCCUGGUGACACCGUCUCCGACCUCAUCCUCGGCAUCCGUAACCGGCAGCUGCGAUCGGUACGGUCGUUCUCUGUCCACACGGAGUGCAGCUCCCAAUCGCAGCACGCCUUAUAGCCGACCCCGCGUUAUCUCUGGCUCCGGGUCAAAUGGGAGUGCGGGAAAUGCCUCCUCUUCCUCCCCCCAGCCACCGUCGGCGCCUCAUACACCUACCGGUCUGCAGUCUUCCCUGGGAUCCGUUAGCACCAGCGGAGGCACAAACACAAGCUCCAGCAUAAGCAGCAGCAGCAAUGCCAGUGGCUGCUUCACUAGUUCCUACUCUCAGUCGGGCUUUAUGCCAGUGGAGGCAACCUCAACGGCGUCCGUUUUCUCCUAUCCGAGCAGCUGGCAGAGCAACAGUAACUACUGGAGCUCAACGAGUGUUCCUGGUCCCAUGCCAAUGAGCGUGUGCAGCAGCCGAAACAUCUCCACUCACAAUUCACCAUCGCCUACGAAUGGUUCUCCGAGCUACACGACACCCUCGCCCGGCUAUACCAUACACCAUCUGACACCGCAUAGCCACCAGUACAACAUGACCCAGCCGGAUCUCUAUGCGAGUGGAUCAGCUGCCUCGAGCUCGCCGCAGACCUACGUUGCACCCGCACACCAAGUGUACCAUCCGACGCCCACCUCCCCCACCCAUCAGCUGUACACGAACGUGCUCAAUGCCCCCUCCGCCCUUAGCUAUCCAGCUAGCGGCUGGCACAACGGGUCAGGCGCCGAGUACGGGCUCUACCAGAACGCAGCUGCGGCUUACUAUCAACCGGAAUAUAUUCCGCUUGAGAUUGGCUAUGCCACUCACCCACUGGAGCCCGUGGACGUCACAAAGUCGAUUGAGGAGCCACAGUCCGCCAUGUACAAGACAAGUGAGGAGCAGAACUCCGUCAUUACUCUGGAGUGCGCGAAUGCCAGUCUAAAGCCCGCUCACAAUCAUAACGAGAUCAAACUGGAGUCCUUAGAGCAUAGGGUGGAUCAAGGUGUAUCUGUUCCCAGUGCAGUGCCCACGGGUGUACCCACUUCCGUGGUUACCGCUGUCACUGCAGACACCUGGACACCGCUAACACCGCCCCAAAGUACUCUGCAAUGAUGUCUCCAUGAUGACUCGAGAUUGACAUCUCCGUUAUCUCACAGCCACAGCCCAUAGAUGCAUGACCCUUAAGCUACUUGGAUGGAUCGAAUAAUUGACCGAAUUAGACCUAAUAUGACCUUUAUGACAAGUUAAUGUAAAUUUAGCAAAUGUUUCUAGAAUAUUGUACACUGUAUCAUGGCUUUCCAAUGUGUUUCUAUCAAAUUAUAUAUAACAUAAAUAUACUUAAUAUUAUACAAAACCCCA